GGAUGUUGGGACAGGAAGCAGUACUGUCGUUCUGUAAGAAGUUGGUGUGUUGUGUAGGGGUAACUGGUUGAAAAGGGAAUGUCUUGUUAUUUCUUUUUAAAAUCGUGAAAGGAUAAACCAUUCAGCGUUGACUGUGUUCGAGUUGUACUUUGUGACCACCAGCGCUCCGGCGGCAAACGACGUUUCUGUGGUGCCUUUCUGUAAAUGAUGGCUACCCGACAACCCAUAACAGAUUCCGACACUGCAGAUGAAGCGGUGCGAACUACCUGCGACGACGCCUCGGUGUGUAAAAGGUUUGCAACCAGUAAAGGCUAUUGGAAAGAUCCGUACAUCCAGUAUUUCGUGAGACAGACCAGUGAACGAAAGGCCCCGGAAAUCAACAGAGGCUACUAUGCUCGAGUACACGGUGUGAAUUUCCUCUUGGAUGCCUUCAUCAGGAAGACUGCAUGCAAAUGUCAAGUGAUCAACCUGGGUGCUGGUCUGGACACCACAUUCUGGAGACUGAAGGAUGAAAAUCUCUUGCCUAAAAAGUAUUUUGAAGUUGACUUCCCUAUGAUUGUUGCGAGGAAGAUCCACAACAUCAAAACCAAGCCUCCUCUGUCCAAACCAAUAGUAGAAACACAUUCUACAGAUUCACUUCUAAUUGAUGGCCACAGUCUGGACUCGGACCGGUACACCAUCAUCGGCGCUGAUCUCCGGGACCUGCCCGGACUGGAGGAGAAGCUCAAGAGAUUCCAGAUGAGCCCAGAGCUGCCCACGCUGUUCCUGUCGGAGUGUGUGCUGGUGUACCUGACCCCACAGCAGUCCUCCAGCCUGGUGCGCUGGGCAGCAGAGACUUUCCACACUGCCAUGUUCGUGAACUACGAGCAGGUACAUAUGGCCGACCGCUUCGGGCAGGUGAUGAUCGAGAACCUGCAGAGGCGGCAGUGUAACCUGGCGGGGGUGGAGGUGUGUCGGAGCCUGGAGGCACAGAAAGAGCGCUUCUUGUCAACUGGCUGGGAAACUGCAGACGCUCUGGACAUGAUGACAGUGUACAGUCUGCUUCCACAGGCCGAUGUGGGAAGAAUAGAACGCCUGGAGUUUCUGGAUGAGAAGGAACUUCUCCAGCAGUUACUGCAGCAUUACAGUAUCUGCUGGGCUACCAAAGAUAAGCUCAAACUAGGCCUCUCUGAAGUUGCAUUUUAAAUAACGAGGUUAAAGGAGGACUUUUUCUUCUCAAUAAGACUCUUGAGUGCCAUGAACCUCCCAACCAGAAUCAGCUGACACAUCGGGAUCCUAGGCCAACUUGCGCAGUUGCUUUACAGUGGGGUUUCUGCCCCAGCCGAAUAUCAGGAAUCUGAGGGUGGCAGCUAUCUUUUUGUGAAUGAAAACUGAUUGGAUGUCAUAUUGUUAGCAGCACAUAAAUAGGGAAAACUCCAGCUGUGAAAGGAAUGCAAACUCUCUUAGUCAAAGGAAAUGCCCUUGUUCAGAGCACCAUAGCCAGUCUGAACAGGUGUAGGGCCUUGAGUGUAAACACUAAUAAACGGUAAAAAUAAACCAAGGUCAUUCUGCUUUUAAUCAUUUA